AUGAAUUUAAUGGUAUACACAGGACAAACAGAUGCGUAUGGAGGAGUUGGACAUACAGCAAAGGUUGUCUUAUAUUUGAUGAGAAAUUACCUAAAUGCUGGUCAUGCUGUAUUCAUGGACAACUUCUACAAUAGUUAUAGCUUAGCAAAAAAGUUACUUGAGGUGAACACUUACUGUACGGGGACCCUGAAAGCCGGAAGGAAAGACACUCCAAAAACAUAA